AUGGAUGGAAUCAAAUAUGCAGUAUUUACAGACAAAAGUAUUCGGUUAUUGGAAAAAAAUCAAUAUACUUCUAAUGUCGAAUCAAGAUCAACUAGGACGGAAAUAAAGCAUUGGGUCGAACUUUGUAAUAGCUAUGAAUAGUCAUCGACUCCCGGGAAAGGGUAGAAGAAUGGGACCUAUUAUGGGACAUACAAUGCAUUACAGACGUAUGAUCAUUACGCUUCAAUCGAGUUAUUCUAUUCCACCUCUUAGAAAGAAAAGAACUUAA